GGAAAGACAGAAGAGAUGCUUGAAGAAAGGCAGAGAGAGAUGGAGGCAGAGAGGAUGCAAAUGGAGAGUGAACUGAAAAGCAGACAAGACAGGCUUGAAAAGAGGCAGAGAGAAAUGGAGGCAGUGGGAAAGAAAAUGGAGAGUGAUCUGAGAAAGAGAGAAGACAUGCUUGAAGAAAGGCAGAAUGAGAUGGAGGCAGAGAGAAGGAAAAGGGAGAUUAAACGGAGAAAGAAAGAACACAUCAAUGGUGACACUGACCAUCUGAGGGAAUUGAGGAGGGGGAGAGUUAAAAUGGAUAAAGGUCAAACGGAAAUCAAAGAAGUACGUCCAAAGCAACAACAUCCCAAAGAUCACAUUAAAAAGGAAGACCCACAAGUCAAAGAAAAGAAUGACAUGGACAUUCAAGGGCCUGAGCUACUGGGAAGUGGAAUGGAUGGAGGAAUGAAGAAAGAAAGAGUUGUUAAAACAAGAUGUAAACUCAAAGUUAUGAAAGAAGGUCCCAAGGAAAACGAUUCUAAAAAGCCAGACACAAGAGUGAAACCAACUGAAGUGAUUGUUUUAAUGCAAGACGUAGUGUGCCGGGCAAUUGACACAGAUGUGGAAAUGAAGCAAGAGAGAGUAGAUAUAUUAGGCAUUGUCCCAAAUGAAGAAAAUACCAAAGGACAUGUUGAAUAUGUAAAGAAACAAGUUCAAGAAGAGACUGACAUGGAUUUCUUUGUUGAAGAACUAGAUCAACUGCAAAAUGACUUGGAUGUGGGAAUAAAGCACAGGACAACAAAUCCCAAAAAGGAAGACAAACUGAAAGUCAUGAAAAAAAGUUCAAACGUACAACAUGCUACAGAUAAUGACAAACAAAGAAAAGUAAUAAAAGGAAGUCCAAAUGAACAAAAUUCCAAAAGACAUGUUAAAAUUGUAAGGAAACAUGUUCAAGAAGAGACUGACAUGGAUUUUUUUCUUGCAGAAUUAGAGCAACUGGAAAAUGACUUGGAUGUGGGAAUAAAGAACAGGACAACAAAUCCCAAAAAGGAAGACAAACUGAAAGUCAUGAAAAAAAGUUCAAACGUACAACAUGCUACAGAUAAUGACAAACAAAUAAAAGUAAUAAAAGGAAGUCCAAAUGAACAAAAUGCCAAAGGACAUGUUAAAAUUGUAAGGAAACAUGUUCAAGAAGAGACUGACAUGGAUUUUUUUCUUGCAGAAUUAGAGCAACUGGAAAAUGACUUGGAUGUGGGAAUAAAGAACAGGACAACAAAUCCCAAAAAGGAAGACAAACUGAAAGUCAUGAAAAAAAGUUCAAACGUACAACAUGCUACAGAUAAUGACAAACAAAUAAAAGUAAUAAAAGGAAGUCCAAAUGAACAAAAUGCCAAAGGACAUGUUGUAAAUGUAAAGAAACAAGUUCAAGAAGAGACUGACAUGGAUUUUUUUCUAGAAGAAUUGGAGCAACUGGAAAAGGAAUUGGAUGUGGGCGUAAAGCACAGAACAUCAAAUCCAAAAAACGCAGACAAGCUAAGAUUUAUGGAUGAAAGUCUUAAUGAACAACAUUCUACAGAGGAUGACAAACAAAGCAAAGUUGUCAAAGAAAAUGCAAAGCAACAACAUGAUAUGAAGUUAGAGAAACAAGCAGAAGACGAAACCGAAGGGAAUUUGUCAAGUGCCUGGGGAAUGAAGCACUGGGGAUCAAAUUCCAAAAAGGUAGAUGCACUUAAAGAUGCAAAAGAAAGUUCCAUGGACAAACAUGCUAGAGAGGAUGACAAAAAAAGAAAAGAAAAUGAACUCAUUCAAGAUGAAAAAACUGCCAAAGAACAUGUGAAAAAUAUAGGCAAACAAGUUGAAGAGACUACCAUGGAUUUGGUAAUUGAAGACCUUGAACUGCUGGAAAGUGGGAAUGAUGGGGGAUUGAAGCUCAAGAGAUCAAAUACUAAAAUGGAAGACAAACUUAAUGUGACAAAAGAAAGUCCAAAUGAAGAACAGGCUAAAAGAUUCGAGACACAAGUAAAAAAAGAAACCAAAGUGAAUUAUUCUAUUGAAAAGGUAGCACUAAUGGAAAAAGACACAGAUGGAGGAAUGAAGAACAUGAGAUCAAAUCCCAAAAAGGAAGACAAACAAAGAAAAGCACUAAAAGAAAGACAAAUUGAACAAAAUGCCAAAGGAAGUAACAACAGAAAGACAAAGGACACACAAGUCAUAGAAGAGACCGACGCAACCUACAAGAAAGAAAUCCAAACCGAGAUGCCAAAGUCAAUUCUUGACAAGAUACGCAAUAAAAUCGACCAACACAGAACCCAAAAGAAGGAAAAACAGAAACAAAAAAAUCUUCAAUUCCUUCAAGAAGCAUUGACCACUCAUGAAGUAUUAGAUGUGGCAUUAAACAUACAUGCCAAAAAGAAGCCUAGAAAAUGGGUCAAAUGCCAGGAUUUUUCAAUAUUUCAGUGUAAAUGAACUGCACCGUAGAUUCCCUGGAUGCUGAAAUCAACUGAAAGGUGCCAUGUGGUUCUGGAACAUGA